UUAUCAAUGCCAAAACCGCCUCGUUAAUAUAAUUACAUUUCAGUUCAGGCAACAGCUGAAACUGUGCAGAACCAGAACUAGUUCGAGCGUGUUUUGAUUUGUACUGCGACUGCAUUUGUUGUUAAUAAUUUCCUGCUGUUCUCCCACACUCCUCCUCCUCCAGCCAUAGAAAUACGUGUAUUUAAGCAGCAGGUUUUGCAUUCAUUUGUAAGACAGUGCCAAAGCAGCCAGCACACAAACACGCUCUCCAAUCUACAGAAGAACCGCAGCAGCAGCAGACAGCCGUCCCAGCCACAGAAAUCACCGCCAGGCAGCAGCUAUCCAGAAAUGUCUCAACAACCUGUUGCUUUCCUGACUCGCAGCGAAACCUUUAGCGCCUGCCAUCGGUUGCAUAGCCCCCAAUUAAGUGAUGCCGAGAAUCUGGAAGUGUUUGGCAAAUGCAAUAAUUUCAAUGGCCAUGGCCACAACUACACAGUGGAGAUCACCGUUCGUGGACCCAUUGAUCAACGCACUGGCAUGGUCCUGAACAUAACCGAACUGAAGGAUGCCAUUGAGGCAGUCAUAAUGAAGAAUCUAGAUCACAAGAAUCUCGACAAGGAUGUGGAAUACUUUGCCAAGACACCCAGCACCACGGAGAAUCUGGCCGUGUACAUUUGGAACAACAUUAGGCUGCAGCUAAAGAAACCCGAACUGCUGUACGAGGUGAAGAUCCAUGAGACACCAAAGAAUAUAAUUAGUUACCGCGGCCCCUAUGCACUCAAUGGCAUCUAUAAUCCCAUAAACAAACGCAUUGCCCAUGAUUCCUGUACCAAUAUAUCAUCCGAUUCGGAUUAAAGAGAGAGACAGACAUUGAGAGAGAGAGGUAUGUGUGACCAUUGCCUGACGAAUUUUUAUUUUGGACCCUAAUGCUCAGUGAAUACACGAAAAAAAACGACACUUAAAUGAAAAAAAGAAAAAGAAAGACAGCAAAUUUAGAUUUAUACAAGUUAUACGAAUUACAAAGUAUAUAGCAAUUGAUUUUUUAUAUAUGCUUAUUUUAUGAAUUAUGAAAGCAUUAUUAUAUCCAAUAAAUAUUAAAUCAAAAU